CCAAAUACAAAAAAAACACCCAACACUUUUUCUCGCUUCAUCUAAUUAAUAUUUAGUAUUUUAUAAUAAAAGCAAUAACAGGAAAUGGCUCGUCCAAGGAUCUCCAUUUCGAUUGUUUUCUUACUCAUUAUUUUGACUCUUAGUUUUGUCUUGCAAUCUUCUGAAGCUAGAAAGGUUCUAGUUCCUUACAAUACAAGCAAGGGUUUGUUUCUUAGUGCCCUACCCAAGGGCAAUGUACCACCCUCGGGUCCAAGCGGCAAGGGUCACACAGCUCCCCCGGAUGAUUCCGAUCAGCACAUGGUACCAGUUAACCCGCCAGAGAUUUACCGUCGACUUGGAUCAUCCCCUAGCCCGGGCGUGGGUCAUUAGCCACAUUAAUUGAUUCUCGAGUUUACACUUCAUAUAUGUAGUCGAUUUCUUUUCAUAAUAUUAAAUAUCAAUAGUGUUUAUCAUAUAUCUGCCUCUUAUUAUGAUUAUGAAGAUGUUUGAGUCUGUCCGCUUCAUAUAUGAUAUGGUAUAUAGAUGUGUUUAUGUUGUGCGUGACUGA